CAUCUUUCACAAGACCAAAAAUACUAUCCCAUACUCUAAUGUCCCACUCUCCACCCCGCAUGAACAGAUGUCGUCUAUCCAUCCCCUAAUGCUUCCUUCAUCCCUUACUAGACUUUAGUAGCUUUUCGCAUUUCCACAAUGGCAGUCUAGCUUUUCCUCACUGUCGGGCGCUUAUUUUCCUCCAAUGUGUUGGUCCUUUGUGCAUAGUGUUUAGACUAAAUGGCUAGAAAGUUUUCCACCGUUUUCUGUGAGUUCCCACGGGUGGUGACGCAGUACUAGUGCCAUGGUUGGCCACAGCGGGGAAAUGCUCGUGCGGCCACAAUUGUCCCCGAGGGUACCACAUUCGCCACCGCAGCAGCAGCACCACCACCAGGACUAUCCGGUGUUUAUUCCGCCGAGGAAGCGCCAAGCCGGCAAGAAAACGCCCAUCGGCAAUCACGUAGAUCAUAUUGUUCAUUUACAGGGAAACAAAAAAGACUGGAAUUUAUCACCGGAAUCGGACGCGGUGCGCAAAACCAAACGCUGGAACAGCGAGGAAAUCAUAGAGAUCGACAGCACACGGAAACACAUCAGCCAGGAAGGGAUGGACGAGGACGACGAUUUGAACGAACUGCAGCAGUUUCAUCCGCUCAAGGACAGCUCGACGGUUACGCCGAGUAGCAUCUCGGAGAGCAGUCUGGACAGACGGUCGAGCAAGUCCCACGAGUUGCUCACGGGUGGUAGUGGCAAGCGGUCCAAGAAGCGGGUCAACAUUCGAACGGAUAUGGAUGAGAUCAAUGGGAGGCGGACGCCAUCGGCCAUAUGCAACUACGAAGAUUUGGAGUCGGGCGAAACGAGCGUGCUGAACGGCGAUAUGGACCAGUACAGUUUGGAUCGGUAUAAUACGAGACGGUCGAUGUCGCCGGAUAACUAUCUCACGUUGACGGGAACUAUCAAACGUGGUCGCAAAAAGGGACAAUCCGUUGAUGUUCAGCUGAACAUUUCACGCGAAGAGUUGGAGCAGAUCAACAAGCAGGCACUCGCCGUUCACGAGGAAGUUUGUCGUACAAAGAAGCAGUGCUGCUGCCAGUGUACCCUCCGGGCCGGUCUUCACGUCCUGCUACUAUCGCUCGUAUGUCUGCCAUUCGUCACGCUGACCACCAGCAUUUACUCGUUCUACAUUGGGACCGUCACGUGGUACAACAUGUUCACCUAUUUCAACGAAGAAAAGUCCUACUUUCAUAAGCUGUUGAUGUCUCCACUGCUGAUACUGGCCUACCCGCUGGCGAUCGUAUUUUGCACCCUCGGCCUAGGUUUGUACGCCGGGCUGAAGCAGAUCAGUCUUCACUUUACCGCUUGGCUGAACGAAAUCAGCGACGUCGAGAAAGGUUUCUACGGCUGGUUGUGCUCCUUUUUGCACCUGUCCGACUGCAGCCCCUACGAGGUGGUGAUCCUGACAGAUAUUUGUCCCAGCGGAGUCGGAACGGACCAGCCACUGCAGAGCGAGUCGACCCAGAUCAACUCUUCGACGGAGGAGUUAUCGCUUUAAGCUGGUUAUAUCUAAUUCUCUCUCUUUCUCGCAAUGGUGUAACUAAUCCUGUAGAUAUCUCAAUCCGCAUGAACUAUGUCUCGACUUGUGUUAAAAUUUCGUUUAAGUUAAAAUUUGAUUCAAAGCCCCUCACCCUACCAGAGUAGACCCAUCGAACGGCACAAAAGGUACGAGGGACCAACUUUAGAGCACUUUAGAAGGAUAGUUUGAGCACCUGUUUAGUUGGUAUUUUCGUCGUUACUAAUAUUUUAAGUUGAAAACUAGAUCCGCCAGUAGAAUCAAAACAGGUCUAAUCAGUGGCUUUAUCAAACAUCAGAGUUUCCCGGAAUCCAAGGCAGGCGCAAUUUACAGCUUCAAUGUGAGUUCGGAUCUCACUGCUGCAUGUACGAGGACUCUUUGGAGUUACGGUCUAAGUGUCUCUGCCUACCAUCGUAUUGCCUGGCACGUUUUUGACACAUGGACUCACUCGCAUAGAAAAACUCGAAAUUAGGCCAUUGCAAAUAUUUUCCAAAGUUUAUGUCCUUUAACUAAUGCAAAGAAAAAAUAAUUUUGAAUUACUUGCCAUGGAAAAUGUUUGUGAAAUGCAUUACACUGGUUUACAGUAAUAAGUUUUCAAAAAUCUUAUUUUUUUGUAAUAAAAAAUACAUCACAAUUUUUUUAAACUUCUAAAAUUCUGAAGUUAUUAAAUUUUAAACUUCUGUAAUUUCAAAAACCUGAAUUUUUGACACUUAUAUAUUAUAAAAUUCUAUAAUUGUAAUUCAUAAACUUUAAAAUACAAACAUUCAUACUUUUCAAAUUUUUAGGUCACACUUUUAAUAUUCUUUAAUUUUAAUAUUUAGAAUAUUAUAAUUUCAUAAUCUUAUGAAAUUAUAUUUUUCAUGAUUAGGAAAUCUCUCAACUUGUAAAAUUCUGAAAAAAAAUAAUUUGAAAAAUUCUGAAUUUCUCAAACUAGUGAAAUACAAAAAAAAUGAAAUUUAAAAAAUCACCUCCGUGUACGCACGAGAGCAAGCAGCAGUCAAGUGCUCAGUGCUCCAUCGUUUUUUCGUUUUUUUUUGCCGUAAUUGAUUGUGAUUACUCGCGAGUUUGCUUCUCCAGCAUAAGGCCGGCCGUGGCCGUGGCAGUUCGAGUGCGGCCUCGAAAAACCCGAGAAGUUCGUCUACCGGCCGCGUGCAAAAAGGUAAACAAAUCAACGCCGUGUCGGCCGCCAUCGCGCAGGGGAGCGUGAGCGCAGAUAGAAUCGACAAAAAGUAUCUACAUCCCGGAUACGUUCCGAGAUCAUCAGUGCGAACCCGUUCAGGUACUUCUGGUGCCACAGCCAGUGGCACAUCAACAUCCGCCAACAUCCCCAUCAGGAACGGGUUCCAGUUGCUGAGUGAUGACGAAGAAAACAACAACACCGACGACGACGAUGGAUGUGCACGGAAAAAAGUGUCGACGUCAAAAAAGAACAACUCUCCAGCGGAACGUAGACCACCUCCAAUUUUUGUUUUGGACACGUUGGCGGACAAGACUGACGAGUUGCUGGAAGGCCUCGAAUGUUGUUUUAUUAUCGGUAAGUCGUCAGGGCAAGUGAUUACACUGAACAAAAAGGAUUUCAACCUGGUGUCUGAAAAACUGAAGCGUAGCAACUUCAACUUCUACUCAUUCAACCCCGAGAAACACCCUGUUAAGGUCGUCUUGCAGGGUUACCAAGACCGUCCGGUUUCCGACCUGAAGAAACACCUUUCGGACGCCGGAAUAAAGCCGCGGGAGAUAAAAGUGCUCUCGCGUACCUGUGAACUGGCGGUUUUACUCCAAGAAACCGACCUUAAGCCCCGCUGCGUAAAGUGCAGUGAAGCACACCUCUCUGAGACGUAUGCAUUGCAGCGAAGGCGGACUUGUGGGACAUGGCAGAGCAAACCAAGGCUCUCAUCAAGUGCGCCAACUGUGGAGGUUACCAUACCAGCAACUACCGUGGAUGCAGCGCACGGAAAACCUACCUCGAGGAGCAGGAAAACUCAGCGUUCCCUCCUGGAUGGGGUCGAUCGUUCGAUCGUUCGUGGCCGCUGCUGGUAGCGGCAAUGCGGCCCAGCAAGAAGUCACCGUGGAAGAUCUUUUUACCCGGCCGGGGUUCUUUGCUUUCGCGGGGGAGAUAAUGACGCGGUUCCGGACCUGCCGUAACAAGGCGGAACAAUUCCUGGCCCUUGGGGAGCUGAUGAUCAAGCACAUCUAUAAUUGAUUAAAAUUUGAUGUGAUCUAGUUGUAAGCUUUCUCUAUUCCUAUCCCCUAUCAUUAGCAACUGUGUAAGUUUUUUGAAAACUUUCUCUUACUCUUGUUUAUGCAUUAAUUAACAGUAACAUUGCUCUAAAUCAAACUAUGACGUAAAACACAGUUAAAAUGAACACAAAAACUCUGUUAGCUACAUAAUAUUUACAAAUUAAAAUUUGAUUAAUCACAAAUAAAACCGAAUUGAAUUGAAUUAACCGAUUUUUAUGAUUCAAGAAGCAU